AUGGAUUUCUUGGGAACAUUUUUAGUUUUUUUAAUUUUUUUAAUUGUGGUUAUUGUGUUGCUCUAUGUAAUACAUGCCCAAAAUUUGCAUUAUUGGCAACGUCAGGGCGUGGACUCAAUUAGCCUAAGAGACAUCUUCAAAGGAUCGAAGCAUAUGCCAUGUGGAUUAGCAAUCAAUGAAUACUAUCCUCAAAUGUAUGCCCAACAAAAGGCUUUUAAGGUGAUUCCAGGAUUGUUUACUUCAAUGUUGGUCGUUCAAGAUCUGCAUGCCAUUAGAGACAUACUAAUAACACAGUUUGAAAAUUUUCCCGAUCGUGGCUUUUAUGUUAAUCAUCGAGAGGCCUUAAGUGCUAAUAUAACGCAUUUGGAUUACAAGCUAUGGAAGCCAUUGCGUCAGAGAAUGUCGCCCAGCUUUUCGCCUGCUAAGGUAAGGUAUAUGUUUCCCACACUCUUACAAGUGGCCGCUGAGUUUGUGACAGUCUUUAGGGAUGAAUGCCACCAACAGGCCAAUAUAGUGGAAAUUUAUGACUUAUGUGCCCGUUUUACCACCGAUUUUAUUGGCAAUGUUAUUUUUGGCAUUCAAUGCAACAGUUUGAGUGAGCCCAAAUCAGAAUUUCGUAUUGAAGGCGAUAAGGCCUUUUAUCAGCUGCGCAAACCUCAUUUAGACUUUUUUGCGGUAAAGUUUUCGAGAAUAAUGCAGUUUUUAUACCCACCACCGAAGGAUGGGGGUAUAUUCAUUUUGUCAUUCCGUUUGCAACACAUCGAAAUAUCCAGUUCGGCCCGGCCGAACUUAACGCCUUUUUACUUGUUUAAUAUUCGAGUAUUCGACAAGCGGAGCAAUGAAUUCUUCAUACGCGUCUUCAGGCAGAGCCUGGAGCAUAGGGAAAAGAACAAUCUGAGACGCAAUGACUUUAUGGAUCUCCUGAUAGAUUUGAAAAAGCAACAUGAAAACGAUGAGGAAAUGCCUCUUUCUUUGGAAAUGCUGGCUGGUCAGGUAUUUGCUUUCUUUAUAGGGGGAUUUGAGACAACCUCUUGUACCAUGAGUUAUGCUCUGUAUGAGUUGGCUAAAAAUCAUCAAAUACAAGACAAAGCUCGUGAGGAGAUCCUCCAUGUAUUACUAAAAAAUCAACAACAAUUUAACUAUGAGUCUUUAAAGGAUUUAACAUACCUCAAAGCCAUUAUACAAAAAUCACUGAGCCUAUAUCCCAUUGUACCUACGAUGCCUCGCAUAUGUCGUCGUAAAUGUACUAUCAAAUCUGCCGUAACCAUUAAACCUGAUACUCCAGUACUCAUACCCAUUUAUGGAGUUCAACAUAAUCCUGAUUUUUAUCCCCACCCUGACAGAUUUUUGCCUGAACGUUUUGCGGAAGAAGAAAAUGCAAACCGUGAUCCUUGCACAUUUUUGGCCUUUGGAGGUGGUCCUAAAAUCUGCAUUGGUGAGCUGCUUGCAAGAAUGCUAAUAACAUUGGGCUUGGCAAUGUUGCUUUCUGAAUUUCGAUUUUCCAUGUGUGAGAGAACUCCUCAGGAGUUAGCAUUUGAUCCGGAAAAUAUGUUCAUAUUGUAUGUUAAAGACGGCAUUCAUUUGAAAGUGGAGAUAUUAAAGAAGAGUUGA